UUUACCGUGGAGUCAAGAUUGCAGGAAAAUCGCAAAGGAUUAGAAGACUAUGUGGGACCGGUAGUAUGGCCUGGAGGUUUUUCAACCUAAUGCUAGCUCUCCUUACGCUUGCAGGACUGGGAUGGGGACAGAGCAGUCAUGGACAGCCUGCUGCUGGUUCACCGAGCACGCCCGGUCCUGGCAGUGGUAUCCGAAGAGGAAGAGGCUGGAGAGACUGGCACAGGACUGACCCGACCCUCUUUAACGGUCUUUGGAAGAGUAAAACGCCACUCGGCAACGCAGAGCUUUAUGUGGUGUUGGCACUUCUCAUCGGUUUUGUGACCGUCGUCAUCGGUUGUUGGCUGUCCGACAACUGUUGGUCACCCGAACCAGAGCUGAUGACACUCGCGUAGCAUCACCAACCGAGGGCUCGUAGAGUCCUGAGGGCCAAAACCAAGCACCGUUACCUCCCCAUUCUCUACAAUGCUGGUGGCACCAGGCAAAUCUAGAUUCAUCUAACCUGCAAUUGAGAAAUUAUCCUCACCUCUACACUCGUUAAUAUAUUUCUCUAUCUAUUAACUAUAUUUCUCUCUUGCUCCUCGGUGUUUUUCACUUCACUUUCUAGGUGUUUCCUUAGAAAAGUAAAUUAAUUAAAAAAUAUUUUUUAAAAAUGUAAAAACAAAAAAAAGAGAUGUUGAACAUAACCAAGGAAUCAACUACAGAAAACUGCCUGAGUUUUAAAAGAGCUUAGCCACACUCCAACUUAAUACUCAUGAGAAAAAAAAAGUUUUUGCAAAUAUUGGGGAGGAUGGAACCAACUUUUGUUUCAACAAAUGGAAUUUCAUACAAUAAAAAUCAGACUGAGAAAUUCUAAAUUGGCUGGUUAUGGAACCAAAAAUAAAAACAGUUGUAAUUAACCAGAAAUACAACGACUUUACUUUUAAAAAUUGUAUCGGUUUCUUUAUAACGACAUUUUUAAGUAAAUUCUAUGUUAGAAAAUUGUUAUUUUUAUUUGUGUUUGUAUAAAAUGGAUUCUAACAGAACUUCCAUUAUUCAACUGAAUUGUGUGAACUUGUCUCGUGUAGCUUAACAAAAAUGCUCAUAAUAAUGAUAAUUAUGAUUGUACAAAGUUAAUUAAAUCCUGGCCUAGAUAAACAUGCCUUAGUAAUAAUUGUAGUCGAGUAGAUAAUAUAAUGAAGACUACUUGGAUAUGUACGUUAAACUUUUACCAUGAACUCUUAAA